AUGGACAGCAAAGAGUUCCGCCGCCGUGGAACCGAAAUGGUCGAGUACAUCUGCAACUAUCUCGAGACGCUGGAACAACGCCGAGUUACGCCGUGUGUCGAACCGGGUUACUUGCGUCAUCAGCUGCCGGACGAGGCCCCGGAAGAACCCGAACCAUGGGACCGAAUUAUGCAGGACGUCGAGGACAAGAUCAUGCCGGGUGUGACACACUGGCAGCAUCCGCGUUUCCACGCAUACUUCCCGUCUGGAAACUCGUUCCCCUCGAUACUGGGUGACAUGCUGAGCGACGGAAUCGGUUGCAUCGGGUUUUCCUGGGCCGCCAGCCCAGCUUGCACCGAGUUAGAGACGAUCGUGCUCGACUGGUUGGGUAAGGCGAUUGGACUUCCCGACGCUUUUCUCGCGCUUAAGCCUGGUAGUCGUGGCGGUGGUGUAAUACAGACUUCGGCUUCCGAGUGUGUCCUGGUGACAAUGCUGGCGGCUCGCGCCCAAGCCAUCAAGUAUCUCAAGCAACAGCACCCGUUCGUCGAGGAAGGCCACCUGUUGUCCAAGCUGAUGGCGUACUGCUCCAAAGAGGCGCACAGCUGCGUUGAAAAGGCAGCUAUGAUUAGCUUCGUUAAGCUGCGAAUCCUCGAGCCUGACGAAAAAUGUUGCCUACGGGCGGAUACGCUGAUAAAGGCAAUGGAAGAAGAUGAACAACAGGGUUUGAUACCGUUUUUCGUGUCGACCACCCUUGGUACGACGGGAUCAUGCGCUUUCGACGACUUGGCAGAGAUUGGAGAGGCGUUACAGCGCUUCUCGAGCGUCUGGCUGCACGUGGACGCUGCGUACGCCGGCAAUGCGUUCAUAUGUCCGGAACUGAAGUACUUGCUGAAGGGCAUCCAGUAUGCGGACUCGUUCAACACCAACCCGAACAAGUGGCUAUUGACGAACUUUGACUGCUCGACCCUGUGGGUACGUGAUCGGAUCCGGUUGACGUCGGCUCUCGUCGUCGAUCCGCUGUACCUUCAGCAUGGUUACACCGACUCUGCAAUCGACUAUCGACACUGGGGUGUACCGCUGAGUCGCCGAUUCCGUUCGCUUAAGCUAUGGUUUGUUCUGCGCAGCUACGGAAUUUCCGGUCUGCAGACGUACAUCCGACACCACAUCGACUUGGCGAAGCGGUUCGAGGCGUUGGUGCUUAAGGACAGCCGAUUUGAGGUAUGCAACGACGUCCGGCUAGGGUUAGUAUGCUUCCGGCUGAAGGGUACUGAUCGGAUCAACGAGAAACUGCUCAGCAGCAUCAACGCGUCCGGCAAACUGCACAUGGUACCGGCGUCAGUCAAUGACACCUACGUCAUACGGUUCUGUGCCGUAGCGCAGAACGCCAAGGUGGAGGAUAUUGAUUACGCUUGGGACGUCAUCACGGACUUCGCUUCGGAGAUCCUGGAGAAGGAGCAAGCCGAUGAGGUCAGCGAAAUCGUCGAUCGUCGCAAGACUCACACGCUCGCCCAGAAGCGUUCCUUCUUCGUGCGGAUGGUCAGCGAUCCGAAGAUCUACAACCCGGCCAUCAACAAGGCCCAAACGCCACAUCGUAUGUCCGCAGAGCUGACCUCACCUGGCCACGAUGGCACCGUGGUGACGGUACAAUCUCCCAAGACUCCCGGCUCUGCCACCUGGAUCAGCUGGCCGUUGGCAUUCCUGUUCGCAUCCGCUGAUGACGGAACUAAAAAUGAUGUCACUUUAAGAUUUCGACAUCUCGACACUAUGAUGCGGCUAUCCGCUUCACGCCGUAACUCUGCCACCGGUGGUUCUUCUCCAUCACCAGAAGGAGAAAACGGCAUCACGCUGCUGAAAUCGCCCAAAAAGUCCCCGAUCCUGUUGCGAAAGCGAGGAUCUUCCCCGAACCCACCGACAGGGACGAAUAAUAGCUCGGCAAAGUAA